AUGACCAAACCUAAGAGGGACGUCAAAUUCAAUCAUCGUGAGCGGAGGAUGAGCAAGAGCAGUAUGCCGGACAUCAACUACGACUCUCCUACCGACGAGCGGAGUCCUACGCGAAGUAAUGGUGCCAAGAGCCCGACGCGCAAUGGCAACAUUAGCAGGAUGAAGGAUGGGCCUAAGCCUAGCAUGGACCGGACAGACACCACAGCUAGCGGCUGGGCCACGGAGAAUGAGGACGAGAAGGUGUGUACGGGAAGGAGAGGAGCACUGUGAUACGAUGUGAGAUACUGAUAGCGGACAGCCCAAGAAGCCCGAAAUCUCCGAAUUCGAGAAGAAGAAGCAGACCUUCAUCACUCGCGCCAUCUGGACCUUUGUCAUGAUUGGCAUCUUCUUCGGCUCCAUGUUCGCAGGCCACAUCUACAUCAUCAUAAUCGUUACAGCAGUACAGAUCAUCUCCUUCAAGGAAGUCAUCGCCAUCUCGAACGUGCCCAGCCGAGCGAGAUCAUUACGGUUCACGAAAACACUCAACUGGUACUUUCUCGGGACGACCAUGUAUUUCCUGUACGGCGAGAGCGUGAUCUACUACUUCAAGCAUGUAGUGCUCAUCGACCGCGUGCUCCUGCCCUUUGCGACGCAUCACCGAUUCAUCAGCUUCAUGCUCUACGUGAUAGGUGAGGCCCCUCGUCCGACGUCUUCAGACACCGCUAAUUGCCCGCUCAGGCUUCGUCUUCUUCGUCGGAUCGCUCCAGAAAGGCCACUACAAGUUCCAAUUCACGCAAUUUGCAUGGACUCAUAUGGCGCUCUACCUGAUUGUGGUGCAAGCGCACUUCAUCAUGAACAACAUCUUUGAAGGCAUGAUCUGGUUCUUCCUGCCCGUGAGCUUGGUCAUCAUCAACGACAUCUUUGCGUAUAUCUGCGGCAUUACCUUUGGCAGGACGCAGCUGAUCAAGAUCUCGCCCAAGAAGACGGUGGAAGGUAUGUCGAGCCCGACUGGUCGCGAACGAAACUCGGCUAACAUUGACAGGCUUCGUGGGAGCAUGGAUCUGCACCAUCAUCAUGGGCUUCUUCUUUACCAACUUGCUCAUGCGUAGCAAGUACUUCAUCUGUCCGGUCAACGACUUGGGUGCGAACAUCUUUACCGGCCUGGAGUGCGAGGUCAACCCCGUGUUCAUCGCGAAGAUCUACCAUAUUCCCUUCAUCCCGCACGCCUGGACAUUCCUACCGACACACAUCUCGGUCAGCCCAAUGCAAUUCCACAUUCUGGCCAUGGCUUCCUUUGCGUCCCUCAUCGCCCCCUUUGGUGGCUUCUUCGCGUCUGGCCUGAAACGAACCUUCAACAUCAAGGACUUUGGUGACUCGAUCCCCGGUCAUGGAGGCAUGACCGACCGCAUGGAUUGCCAGUUCAUCAUGGGCUUCUUUGCCUUCAUGUACUACCAGUCCUUCAUCGCUGUGCACAAGGCAUCCGUCGGGAGUGUCAUCGAGACCGCCAUUACGGGGCUCUCACACGAGGAGCAAAUGGCAGUGGUGAAGGGCCUCGCACAGCAUCUCUACAACCAGGGAUCGAUCAGUCAUAAGGUGGUUGAGUAUCUGGGCGAAGAACUGAAGACGAUGGUCUCCAAGAGAUGA